AUGAGAAUCCAGAAAAAACAUUUGAGCGGAUGGUCCAGUGUUGCGGAACUUCGCGACGAUGAUGUGGACGUCAGACUUACAGCUAAAGAUGUGACCGCUACGGGCAGCAUUGUCUCCGGGGCUAACAGCUAUUUGCGGCUUUCUUGGCCAUUGGCAACGAACGAUACAAUCGGUGUGUACCGUUGUGAUGUCACUAUUUUGAAUUCCCACGGCAGUGUCGGGUGGCAGAAAAGCCUACCGACUUCUAUCACUCGUAAGAGUGACGUCACUGUUCAGAUCCUCAGUGAAAUGGUAGAAGAGAACAAGAGACAGUGUAUGCAACAAAAGCAAGACAUCCAGGAAUACGUAGCAGCAGCCAUAGAGGAUACCAAAAACAAUUGUUUUAAGGAAAAACAAGACGUUCUCCAGAACAUGACGGCAACCCUGAAGGUGCUUGAAGCGAGUUUCGAUAGCAAGUUGGACAGCAAGAUACAGGCUCUGAGCCACACCGUGGCCCUAUACAAAAGAGAAUGUCCUCACCAACUGCUAUCCCACAAACGCCAGAUUCUGGAGAACGUGGCAGCUGCCUUGGACAGGAACAGGAAAGAGGGUCUUCAACAGAACCAAGACCUUCAGGUUAACGUGACGUCCAUCAUGGAGGAUCUUGAAGCCAGUUUUGAGAGCAAGUUGAGCGUUGUCAAAAGCCAGUUACAGCCCCAGUCGUGCGCUUAUGCUAAGGGUUUGGGUCCUCGGCCGCUGGUCCGUCUCUUUAGCGGUCAACUUGUAGUCUGUGACACGGUGACGGACCAAGGUGGCUGGAUCGUGAUACAGAGACGUGCUUCGGCGGAUGUUAAUUUUUUCCGUGGUUGGACGGACUAUAAGAACGGAUUCGGCGACCUCUCUGGCAAUUUCUGGCUUGGGCUAGAGAAAGUCCACCAGUUGACAAGUCAGGAGAGAUACGAACUGAGGUUCGAUUUGAAAUUCCAGGGAAAAAACUACUUCGCCAGCUACGACAACUUUUCGUUAUCUGGAGAAACAGAAAAUUACAAAAUUCAUCUUUCCGGAUUUUCGGGUAAUGCAAGUGACAGUAUGGCAUAUCACAAUGGCAUGGCGUUUUCAACUAAGGACCGUGACAACGACAAUUCAUCAGGUGGAAGCUGUGCCAAUAGCUAUAACGGAGCUUGGUGGUACAACGGCUGCCAUAACGUAAAUCUCAACGGACUGUGGGGAGUUACAGUGGGCGCGAAGGGCUUGAGAUGGCACAGUGUAACAGAUGGCUCAGUCUCCUUCAGCGAAAUAAAGAUUCGACCAUUUCCUAAGUGACAACUUCAUGACACUUAAUCCCCCGUCUAUUCAUUGUGCAUUUAGAUUUAGAUGUUUACCUGUCUUUUUAUUUGAGGUAUAGGUUUCAAGAUUUCAUAAUUUCAAAAUGAUUUUACUGACUUGAAAGGUCUUUGACCCCUACAUCUACAAAUUACGUUUGAGGUAUAUAAAAACCCAGUGAUAGAACAUCUUCACAAUUUCAGAAAAUCGAAAGCUCAGUUACUCUGUCGUCUCAUGUCAUGACAUUCAUCGAUUGGCAAGGUUGAAAAAUAACACGUGAUAGCGGUACUAGAGCAGUUUUUACAUUAUUUUUUUAUACCAGGAAUUUAUCUAUCGCACAUCCCAACUCAUGCACACGCUUUUGAACACCUGUACAAAUAUACACAUAGCCCAAAUACACGGCAACAUGUUUCAUUGAAAAGAGAGGGUAAAACUUCUAUUUCAAAAGAUUUUUUAAAAAUCAUAGUUUGGAGGUUUUCGUGAUUUUUUGGGUCAAAUUAGGUCUAUUUGAGAUAUAUAUAUAUAAUAUAUAUCAAUAAUUUUUACAGUCGUGUGUAUAACAAUUAUACUUUAAAGGAACUAUAUUGUGCAAUCCAGACAUAUUUCACAAAAUGAUCAAAAUACCAUUUAAAAUCAGCACAAUUCUUUUUCGGUACUUUGAAAUAUUAGUGGGAUGAUUGUCUGUGUUAAAGAUACAACAAAACUUCUUGUCCUGCUGAAGCACUAUAGUGUUGUUAGGCUAGAAAGUACGCCAAACGUUAUGUACAUUUAUUCUUAAACAAAUGUUAUGGUAAAGAGAGUGGUCUUGAGUACCGCUUUCAAGCAAAACUUGGAGAAGAAAAAAUGCUUCAUAUCUACACAUUUUAAAAGUUACUAUCAAGCUGGGUCCUAUUUCAGAAAUAACAUUGUUACAUAGAAACAACAAAGAUAAUUCUAAUAUUUGAAAAUUAACUUUGAAAAGCUACAAUGAUUGUUUCCAAUAUGAGCUUAACAACACUUGAAACGUACUAUUAAGUACUGUCGCAUUUUUACAGUAUACAUCUUGAUAUCUGUUGAAUGAUUGAAGCCUGAACUGAUUCAUGUAUGUAAGCAUUAUUUCUGGCUUCUGAGCUUUACAUGUACACGGGAAGAGAUCAGCA